CAUUUGUAUUUCGCCGGACUCGCUGGUGUCUUCCGGUCUGGUCGGGAAAGUUUCGUCUUUUUUGUCUCCGGUUUCUUCCUCCGGUUCCUCCGGUUCCGUGUCAGUGAUGUCGGUCCGUAGCGGUCCUUGGGGGUCCGUGCUGGUCUACCUGGCUCUCCUGGUCUCGAUGGCCCCAUCUCUGAGCGCCUGGGACGCGGACCUGGAGCUGCUGGACCUGGUGGAGGAGAUCCCGGAGACCUUCUACCAGUUCCUCCACCUGGACCAGGACGCCUCAGCGGGGGACAUAAAGAAAGCCUACCGACGCCUGUCUCUGUCUCUUCAUCCUGACAAGAACAAAGAUGAAAACGCUGAGACUCAGUUCCGACAGCUGGUGUCCAUCUACGAAGUCCUGAAGGACGAGGACAGACGGCGCAGGUAUGACGACAUCCUGGUGAACGGGCUCCCUGACUGGAGGCAGCCGGUCUUCUACUAUCGCCGCGUGAGGAAGAUGAGCAACGCUGAGCUGGGCUUCCUCCUCUUCCUCAUCCUCACCGUGGGACACUACGCCGUCAUCUGGUCCAUCUACCUGGAAAAGCAGCUGGAUGAGCUGCUGAGUAAGAAGAAGAAGGAGAAGAAGAAGAAGUUGAGCUCCAGACCCGGCGAAGAGCUCCGGGGAAUCAGCCAGGACCGGGCCGACAGAGCUCAGGACCGACCUCACUGGCAGGACAUCCUCCCUCUGAAACUCAGCAUCUGGCUCUACCUGUCCAUCAAAAACCUUCCUCACACCGUACAGGAAGUGAGGAGGUACUACCAGGACCUUCAGCAGAUGAAGCAGCAGCAGAAACAAGAAGCUGAAGCUGAACACGAAGCUGCUACAAGAGAGAAGAGGCCGAAGGUGAAGAAGCCGAAGGUGGAGAAGGAGUUUCCAGUCUACGAGUCGAUGCCUCUGAGCUACGAGCAGACGACGUCCAUCGAGGACAUCGAGGACCAGAUGGACGACUGGCUGCAGGACGACCGAGCCAAGAAGAAGGCUACCGUGUGGACGGAGGACGAGCUCAGUCUCCUCAGCAGGUUGAUGGUUAAAUUUCCAGGAGGGACUCCAGGACGUUGGGACAAGAUCUCUCUGGAACUGGGACGAUCAGUGGCUGAUGUGACGACUAAAGUCAAACAGGUGAAAGACAACGUGAACCAGAACCCAGGUCUGGUGAAGCUGUCGGAUCUCAGGAGAACACCUCUUGUCGUGGAUGACGCCGUGGUAACCCAGAGGGGGGGCGUGGCCUCUGAGGAGGAAGUGGAGGAGGAGGAGUCAGGUCCAGCGGUCCGACGGAGGAACAGGAAGUGUCCUGCACCAGCAGAGGGGGGCGGGGUGAAGGUCAGAGGUCGUCGGCAGAGGGACUUUGACCCGGUGGACGAGGAGGAGGCGGAGCCCCAACAGAGCAAAGAGAAGGCGGAGCCUGUCGUCUGGACUCAGAACCAACAGAAACUUCUGGAACUGGCUCUGCAACAGUUCCCGAGAGGAACCACAGAACGCUGGGACCGGAUCGCCAAGGUGGUCCCAGGAAAGACCAAGGAGGAGUGUAUGAACCGAUACAAGAUGCUGGCAGAGCUCGUUCAGAAGAGGAAACAGGCCAAGAGCUGAUGAACGUUCAUGACCUCUGACCUCUGGACAGGUGGAUGAUCAGGUGGAUGAUCAGGUGGAUGAUCAGGUGGAUGAUCAGGUGGAUGAUCAGGUGACCCAUCUCCUGGUUGGACCGAACUUACGUGACCUUUGACCUCAGCUUCAUGUGCCUUAGCUCCGUUCAGCCAAUCAAUAAACAGUAUUUAUUAUCUGA